UCCUCCUCUCAUCACAACACGGAGGAUGAAUGAAGAAACCUCCUUCAGCUCCUCCUGGACACAAACCUGCAGCGACUCUCUCACAUGUGGACGAUGAAACUAGAAGCAGCAGCUCGGACUUUAUGCCACUUUUCGUGCAGUCUGGAGGAGCUGAGAUGAAGCUUUUUCUCUGAAACAACGAGCUCCGUACUGAAGCAUCAUGUCCAUGUGGAUGUUUCUUCCUGUCAGUCUGCCCGUCUUCACCAUCACAGGAAUAUGGGUCGUAUAUGCGAUGUCCCUCUACAACCAGCACGUCUGUCCUGUGCAAAACUGGCUUUACAAUGAGUCCUGUGAGGAGCCUCUUCAACUGCAGAGGGGUCCUGUGCUGUGCUGCACUCUGGACAACAUCCCACUCAUCAGUAAAUGUGGAACUCUGCCACCUGAAAGCUGCUUUUUCAGCCUCAUAUGCAGCACCGGAUCCUUCAUGGUGAUGCUGAUCGGCCUGCUGAGAUACGCCCACGUCAUCGAGAAGCACCAGAACUGCGUCCUGAACACGGCCGGACUCUCCACCGGCUGGAUCUGCGCCGCCGGGCUCAUCAUGGUGGGAAACUUCCAGGUGGAUUUUGCCAAAGUCCUGCACUACGUUGGAGCUGGAGUGGCCUUCCCGUCCAGCAUGCUGUUCGUUUGCCUCCAGUCGGCUCUGACCUACAGACUGGCUAAAACCCAGGACGAGUACCGGAUGGGUCACCUCCGAGUGGGGAUGGCUCUGCUGGCUCUGGUCGCCCUGGUGCUCAGUGGAGUUUUCUUCUGCCAGGAGAGCUUCGCCCUGCAGCACACCUCCGCCAUCUUCGAGUGGGUCUACUGCAUGCUCAUCAUGUUCUUCUACGGGACGUUCGCCUUCGAGUUCGGGGGGAUGUCGGGCGACACGCUGAUGGUUCUGUCCAGAGGAGGCGGCCUGCAGAGCUUCUCCACCUCCAACCACAAGGCAGACGUAGGCGGAGGUCCGGGCCACCACCAGCCGGACGGUCUGUCGAUCCUCUAACUGAGCUGGAGGUCAAUCAGAAGACCCUAAAGUGGAUUCUGGAAGCUGCAUCCUGCCACGCUCACUAUUGCACAAAGAGACCAAAGACUGGCAGACUUCUAUCCUGCUUUGUAAAAGUAGAAGCUGCAGAACGUUGCACAGCAUCAUCUGCCUUAAAGUGCCUUUCUGAACAUGUGUUUGUUUUCGUUCUGCUAACAAUCGCUCUCUGAACUCUUGGCUGGAGUUGCCUUUUUGUCCUGAAAGUGCCUCAGAUGUGCGGCGUCGUCAGCACUGGAGUUUCCUCUCCUGUUUAGCCGCUGAGACGUCGAGCCCCGUGAUGUUUUUACUCAGGAAGUUUUGUUACAUCAUCGGCUUUCGCUCUUCACUUCGACGGCAAGGUGAAGCUUUCCAAAAACUUCUGACAAUAGGUGGACGUUACCGUGUGCCAAGAAUAAUGCGUUACAUUUCAAGUGCCUGAAGUGUUUAUGAAAGCGUGCGUUUGCGGCCAAAAAUUUGGCAGCAGUGUAAAUGUUUUUCUAAGUAAAUCCCAUAAUUCAAGUCAUGAUAUCUGCUGCAUCUCUUUAUGGCAAUAUUUCCUAAAUAGCUGGACUUUAAAACACCAAGAAAUACUGUUCUCCGCCUUUGGAAGUGUUCUGCUUUGACUGCUUUUCAACACUGAAUCAUGAAAGGUUUAAUUUGACUGUUUGACAAAAAUUUACAAAAACAGACUUUCAGGUCAAAGUGAAAGCAGAUUUUUACAAAAUAUUGUAAAUUAAUUAGAAAUAUAAAAUGUAAAAUAAGUGAUUCCAUCAUUAUUCACCUCCUUUAAGUCAGUAUUUAGUUGAUGUGCUUCUGGCUGCAUUCAUUUUACCUUUACAGGCCUGCUGCUGAGAAGCUCCCCGACAUCAUGAUAAUGCCUCCACCGUGCUUCACAUCAUAAUGCCACCACCAUGCUUCACAUCAUGAUGCUGCCACCACCAUGCUUCACAUCAUGAUGCUGCCACCACCGUGCUUCACAUCAUGAUGCUGCCUCCACCGUGCUUCACAUCAUGAUAAUGCCACCACCGUGCUUCACAUCAUGAUGCUGCCACCACCGUGCUUCACAUCAUAAUGCCACCACCGUGCUUCACAUCAUGAUGCUGCCACCACCGUGCUUCACAUCAUGAUGCUGCCUCCACCGUGCUUCACAUCAUAAUAAUGCCACCACCAUGCUUCACAUCAUGAUGCUGCCACCACCGUGCUUCACAUCAUGAUGCUGCCUCCACCGUGCUUCACAUCAUAAUAAUGCCACCACCGUGCUUCACAUCAUGAUGCUGCCUCCACCGUGCUUCACAUCAUAAUAAUGCCACCACCAUGCUUCACAUCAUGAUGCUGCCACCACCGUGCUUCACAUCAUGAUGCUGCCACCACCGUGCUUCACAUCAUGAUGCUGCCUCCACCGUGCUUCACAUCAUGAUGCCACCACCGUGCCUCACAUCAUGAUGCUGCCACCACCAUGCUUCACAUCAUGAUGCUGCCACCACCAUGCUUCACAUCAUGAUGCUGCCACCACCGUGCUUCACAUCAUGAUGCUGCCUCCACCGUGCUUCACAUCAUGAUGCUGCCACCACCAUGCUUCACAUCAUGAUGCUGCCUCCACUGUGCUUCACAGUCGUCUCGUCUGAUUGAACCAAAAGCUCAGUUUUGGUCUCAUCAUACCAAAUAACCUUCUUCUAACCUCCUUCUGGUGAGUUUUACUCCAGACUUAUUAUGAGCCUUUUUCAGUGACGUCUCUCUCUUAUAACGUCACUCUCCUAUGAAACUUUGACUGGUGAUGAACAGGCAGCAGUUGUUGGUUGCAGAGUUCCUCUCAUCUCAGUUGCUGAAGCUUGUAACUCCAUCAGAGGAGUCAUAGGUGUCUUGGUGGCCUCGAUCACUGGUCUCUUCGUAGAAAUCUGUUUUUACUUGGACAUGGAGUCUGUCUCUGUAAAUUCUUUUUUUCUUUUAAGCAAAAUUAUAUUGACUGUGUUGAAAAGCAUAAAAGGGAAAGACUUCCAAGGGGAGUGAAUACUUUUUAAAGAUGCUGUAUUUCCCGGAUGAGCUCUGUUCUGUUGUAUAUUUUGUUUUGUCCUUUAUCAGCUCUUUGCCAAAAAGAAGCUGUAUCAUUUCUCUCAGUGAAAAUGACUUUCUAUAGCAUUAAUGGGACCAAACUAUAAAGGAGCUUCUUAUUAUAAUGCUGUGUUUGAUCAUAAACAGAAAUACUUUUCUAAGAAAUAAAAUUCUGUAACGUAUACAGACAAAAAGUAAACAGAAAAAAACACGA